AUUCAGGGUCAGGUGACCCCGCACGCCAUCGUGGUUCUGCCCAAGACGGACGGCAUGGAGAUGCUGCUGUGCUACGAGGACGAGGGCGUCUACGUCAACACCUACGGACGCAUCACCAAAGACGUGGUGCUGCAGUGGGGCGAGAUGCCCACCUCCGUCGCCUACAUCCACUCCAACCAGAUCAUGGGCUGGGGAGAGAAGGCCAUUGAGAUCCGCUCCGUGGAGACGGGACACCUCGACGGAGUUUUCAUGCACAAGCGAGCUCAGCGACUGAAGUUCCUGUCGGAGAGGAACGACAAGGUGUUCUUCGCCUCGGUGCGUUCUGGAGGCAGCAGUCAAGUCUUCUUCAUGACCCUCAACAGAAGCUCCAUGAUGAACUGGUAACCUGUUCCUUCGACCCAUGACCCUCCUCUUCUUCUUCUUCACUCUGAUCAUCGCCCGACAUCAGGAGCGAGGGAUGCCAGGAGGACAGUGUGUGUAUGUGUGCGUGUACCAUAUGUGUGUGUGUGUGUGUGUGUGUUUGUGGGGGAAAUCAACGAGCCUGAAGACGAGCAUGGACGGGGGAAAGGUGUCUCCACACCCCGACGGCGGCCCGACGGCGUCCCCAUCCCCUGCGGAGACAGCUAGAUUGGGCGGAUGGUUGUUCUUCGAGGGUUUAGAUCCAGACUUUUAAGGACACUGCCAUCGCGCCGAGUAGCCUUUGACUUCCCCGAUUGAUCGGACGGGGGAGCUGCGGAGAAGUUCUCUGUGUAGCACAUUAAUGAUUUCUCACAGGGUGUUCACACUGCGAGCACGAUUGGUUAUUGGACUCUGCUUGUUGGUGCUGAUCCAAUCAGGCGUCUUUCACUGCGCUGCGUUGUUGGGAGUGACGUUACUGGUCGGUCAGGUAGCAUCACGUCGGUCUGGACUGAACCAAAAUCACUUCAGUAGAUCCAAGCUCAGCCGGCUGAAGUUCUCCCACCAGUCUGGCUUGGUUUUCUAUGAGCUUAAUAUAUGUGAGCGAGAAAAACACAAAGUACAUCAAUCGAUAAACUCGAACCAAAUAUUUUAUCGUGGACAAGCAUGAACAAAUAUGAACAUCGGCCUUCCCAGAAGUAUCUUCUUGUCUUGCUGAGUAGAAGAUACCAUAGUCUCCUUUGCAAUCUGUGAUUUUUGGACCGUUUUAGAAGACACUCGUGAAGGAAACAUGGUGAAAUCUUUGGUCGUGAAUCCUGACAAUGGUCCUACGUUUCGUGAAGUACAACCCACAUCUAAUAAACCAAUAUACGGCACGUAAGGACUCAGAACACUGAUGUAAUGCUACCGCUGAAAACAGUACCUCAAAACCACUUUGCAUCAUAGCAAAUUGAAAUGUGAGCGCUGUGGACGAAGCUUGUUUUUACUUCACAUUCAAAACCUGAGAUUGAGGAGUGUUGAGAGUGCGAGUGUCUCUUCUUGCAUCGGUUUGUGUUUUUCAAUCAAUAUUAAGAGCUGCAAAUCAGCAUUCGACGUUCAUCAGACAAUCUGACAUGCCUCAAAGCAGGUAUCAGACAGUCAGACACAGAUCGUGUCCAAGACCUUUAUUAGACUCAUCUCGCACCUUAACCCUCGUAUGGUAUUCGGGUCAAAUUGACCCAUUUCAAAUUUUUAGAAGAAGAAAAAUGGUCCAAGUUACAUUUUUUCUACCUGAAAAAAUCAACGACCUCACCUUAUUUCCCGUGAUGAACAUGCAUUCCUGACUUAAUUCAGAACAUUAUUCUGGAUGUGACCACGUUUUGAAGAUAAGAAUAAUCACAUAGUGGAUUUUUAACAUGAAUUAUAACUUUAUGACAAAAACGAACCCCACUUCUGUUACCUCAGCUGUUGGAAAUUGAGAUGAAGACAACAUUUGUUAAUAGAUUAUGAAUUAAAAUUUUAUUUCAGAAUUAAGUCACGGGUCAAUUUGACCCGGGGGAUACGAGAGGGUCCCGAAAGUGAAGACAACACAAGGGUUAAAAAGAGAUUUUGCCCUUUAUCUUUUUGUUCAGGCAUCCCAGUACAAACACAGACGAAAAAAGUUAUGUUUCAAGCUGUUCUCAUUCUAUGUUAUACCUAUGAAAAGCAAUGCAUUUGUAUAUGGCUCACAUAAUCAUGUGCCAGGGCGUGCAGGGCUGCCUCAAAGGAGGAGGUCAGGUGAUGUAGUAUAAAGAUCGACAAAGUCCCUGUAGGGAGGAGGUUUUGGUGGAUGGGGGGGGGGUCACUUUAAGUCAGGAGGCCGCUGCUCGUGUCCCAUGUGACAGCAAAAGUCAACGUUGACUUAUUUCAACUUACUUGUACAUAGUUGGCGUUCUUAACUAAUACUAAUACGUACCAAACGUACUGAUUUUAACCCAAACCAUGACCCCUUUCCAAAACCUUAGCAAGUAGUUUUGGCUGCUUUUGUUGACAACAUUCGUCGGAUGACGCACAAAUAAUUGGGCAUAACUUUUCGUGAAAUAUCAUACAAACUGUCGCAUGAGGAUACGUUGAAUGUGGACACGUCAUUUUCACACUUUCCUAACUUCGUAAGUGUGGUUUUACGAGUCUAAAUCAACUUAAAAAGGCCACUGACCAGAUGUUGACUCAUUAUAUAUAAGUAUGACGGUCCUUAUUGUUGUUGUUGUUGUUGUUAUCACUUCUGGUAGUGAUGACUCAAUCUCAGUGUUUUCUAGACUAACAUCUAAUGUAGCAAAAAACUUAAAGGUGUCUUUUUUUUUUUUUUUUGCGCCGUCAGGUAUUUUUCAAUCGUAAAGUGAAAUUGCAUCAAAAUCUGGGAAACACCUGAGAAGUUGAGCAGUGGCCGACAUGCUCUCUGUCUGCAGGAGGGGAAUGGACUUGAGGACGGCGUUGCUCACAGUGUGAACACUCAUUUUGAGUCUUGCUGCUGCUGCUAAAACACUCUCUCUCUUUCCCCUUCACGAGACCCAAACACUACAAACAACACAGUGCGUGUCACAGGGGAAAUGAAACAUUUUGUACUUGUUGUUGUUGCACAGUUGGUUCACUGCAGCUGCUUUGUCCUGGUGGGUUUCUGCAAUGGGAAGGAGGGGUGUAGAUACUGUAUAAUUGCUGCAACAGCAACCCAAUAACAAAGUCAUUCUCACAAGGAGAGCUUGGCCGUAGAGUAGUUGUCAACUUCUGGAAGUUUCCCCUCCACCUUUUUCUGUCCCUGCUGUUCUGUGUCCACUGCACCUGUGUAAAUACUCACUUUUGAUGUAAAGGACAGACUUUGCAAAAAGCAGGUGAGAACGUAGAAGAAGAAAAAAAUAACCGUCUCGCUUUCUUUUUUGGUCAUACCUCUGUAAAUCUGUCCGUUGUGUGUUUGCUCUCAGACGGGAGGGGUUUUAGUUGUGAUCGGCAGUCCGAGCGAAGACUUACACAGACGUUUGAUUUUGGGCUAACGCUCCCGAGUUUACUCCUUUUUGCCGUACUGUAGUUCAUCACUGUUUUAUUUAGUUGUGCAUUUUGCAUGGUGACAUACACGUUUUAGACCUGUCGUCACUUGUUAUGAAUUGUAAGUUAAAGGCAAUACACAGACUGGUCUGACUGCACAAACUGGACGCUGAGAGUUUCUACACGAGCCCUGAAGCAUUUUUCUCACAACACUGAGCUGUAAAUUUAACAUUUUGAAAUUGUAGAGGGCGUCUGGGCUUUUUAUCUCAUGAGUCACAGUCACGUGAGUCACGAUUGUACACUGGAUAAUUUACUAUUAAACUUAUAUUUUAGGAUUUAUGGUCGAUGCAAACACCCGGAGCCGCUUGUAAACGAGCGAGCGGGACGGGCUCAGCAUCCCUUUGGAGGACAUUUUCUAUUUUUUUGACCCUUUGACGAUGGUCUCGGGCGUUUGUGAGCUUGUGAUCCGGCUACGAGAGAGGGAAGUGGUUACUUCACUUUUUUACUUGAUAUUUCCUUCAUUGUUCAUCGAUCUUAAAGGACGCGCUAGGUGCAAGCGUUGCCGCUUUAAAGCCGGCUGAAGCCUUUUACAUGUGCAGGAUGUUAGCAUUAAUCAACACCCUGUGAAUAAAGGUCAAGGGGCAGGGUCAGCUUGAGAGACCAUAGAUUACAAAAAAAAAUAAAAAAGAAUAUAUAUAUAUAUAUAUAUAUAUAUAUACUGUAAGAAUUUUCGUUAUGAUAAUAUCUUACUGAUCAUUUUAGAGAGACAAAAAAAUAAUGUUCACUUAUCAAAGCUUAGUUGUCUUUCUACAGAAUAGAGUACAUAGCUAUAAGAAUUUCUAAAAAAAAAAAAAAAAAAAUACAAUGUUUUUAUUGUGGUAUUAUUUGUAUUUCAAUUUUUUGUACGUAUCAAGACUGUGAACAUAUAUACGGAUGUGUGUGGGGGUGUGUGUGUUUGUUGGUGUGGGGGUGUGUGUGUGGGGGUGUGUGCGUGGGUGUGUGUUUGUGGGUGUGUGACAUGCAUGUGAGUGUAUGUUUUCACCUUGUCUGAAUCACUGGAAUCAGUCAGAAGACGACCUCGGUCUGGUUACACACAUCUGUAAUGUUGGAAAUUCUACAAUAAAUGUCCUCUCCUUGUACAG